AUGCAGAGCCGGGCAGCCCGCGCCCCCCUUCCAACGCUACUGCCGCCGCCGCCGCCGCCGCUGCUGCUGCUGUUGCUGCUGCUGCUGCUACUGCCGCCACUGCUGGGAGACCAAGUGGGGCCCUGUCGUUCCCUGGGGCCCGGGGGACGUGGCUCCUCAGGGGCCUGCGCCCCCGUAGGCUGGCUCUGUCCAGCCUCAGCCUCCAACCUCUGGCUCUACACCAGCCGCUGCAGGGAUGCAGGGACGGAGCUGACUGGCCACCUGGUGCCCCACCACGACGGUCUGAGGGUCUGGUGUCCAGAAUCCGGAGCCCACAUCCCCCUGCCGCCAGCGCCUGAAGGCUGCCCAUGGAGCUGUCGUCUCCUGGGCAUUGGAGGCCACGUUUCCCCCCAGGGCAAGCUCACCCUGCCCCAGGAACACCCGUGCUUAAAGGCCCCACGGCUGAGAUGCCAGUCCUGCAAGCUGGCGCAGACCCCGGGGCUCAGGGCAGGGGAAAGGUCAGCAGAAGAGUCCAUGGGCGGGCGUCGGAAAAGGAAUGUGAAUACAGCCCCCCAGUUCCAGCCCCCCAGCUACCAGGCCACAGUGCCUGAGAACCAGCCAGCUGGUACCCCUGUGGCAUCCCUGCGGGCCAUUGACCCAGAUGAGGGUGAGGCAGGCCGGCUUGAGUACACCAUGGAUGCCCUCUUUGAUAGCCGCUCCAAACAUUUCUUUUCUCUGGACCCGAUCACGGGGGCUGUAACUACAGCCGAGGAGCUAGAUCGUGAGACCAAGAGCACCCAUGUCUUCAGGGUCACGGCACAGGAUCAUGGCAUGCCCCGACGCAGUGCCCUGGCCACACUUACCAUCUUGGUGACUGACACCAAUGAUCAUGACCCUGUUUUUGAGCAGCAGGAGUACAAGGAGAGCCUCAGGGAGAACCUGGAGGUUGGCUAUGAGGUGCUCACGGUCAGAGCCACAGAUGGUGACGCCCCUCCCAAUGCCAAUAUUCUGUACCGCCUACUGGAGGGCCCCGGUGGCAGCCCCUCUGAAGUCUUUGAGAUUGACCCUCGCUCUGGGGUGAUUCGAACUCGUGGCCCUGUGGAUAGGGAAGAAGUAGAAUCCUACCAAUUGACAGUGGAGGCAAGUGACCAGGGUCGGGACCCCGGUCCACGGAGUGCCACAGCUGCUGUGUUCCUAUCUGUGGAGGAUGACAAUGACAAUGCCCCUCAGUUCAGUGAGAAGCGCUACGUGGUCCAGGUGCGUGAGGAUGUGACCCCAGGGGCCCCGGUACUCCGGGUCACAGCCUCAGAUCGAGACAAGGGCAGUAAUGCCUUGGUGCAUUACAGCAUCAUGAGUGGCAACGCUCGGGGACAGUUUUACCUGGAUGCCCAGACUGGAGCUCUGGAUGUGGUGAGCCCUCUUGACUAUGAGACAACCAAGGAGUAUACCCUACGGGUUAGAGCACAGGAUGGUGGCCGCCCCCCGCUCUCCAACGUCUCUGGCCUGGUGACAGUGCAAGUCCUGGAUAUUAAUGACAAUGCCCCCAUCUUUGUUAGCACCCCUUUCCAGGCUACUGUGCUGGAGAGUGUCCCUUUAGGCUACCUGGUCCUCCAUGUCCAGGCCAUUGACGCCGACGCUGGUGACAAUGCCCGCCUGGAAUACCGCCUUGCCGGGGUUGGGCAUGACUUUCCCUUUGCCAUCAACAAUGGCACAGGCUGGAUCUCUGUGGCAGCUGAGCUGGACCGGGAAGAGGUUGAUUUCUAUAGCUUUGGGGUAGAAGCCCGAGACCAUGGCACCCCAGUGCUCACUGCCUCAGCUAGUGUCAGUGUGACCAUCCUGGAUGUCAACGACAACAACCCCACCUUUACCCAACCAGAGUACACGGUGAGACUCAAUGAGGAUGCAGCUGUGGGCACCAGUGUGGUGACAGUGUCGGCUGUGGACCGUGAUGCCCACAGCGUCAUCACCUACCAGAUCACCAGUGGCAACACCCGUAACCGCUUUUCCAUCACCAGCCAGAGUGGUGGUGGGCUGGUGUCGCUCGCGCUGCCAUUGGACUACAAACUUGAGCGGCAAUAUGUGCUAGCUGUCACUGCCUCUGACGGCACACGGCAGGACACGGCACAGGUGGUAGUGAACGUCACUGAUGCCAACACUCACCGUCCCGUCUUUCAGAGCUCCCACUAUACGGUGAAUGUUAAUGAGGACCGGCCAGCAGGCACCACGGUGGUGCUGAUCAGUGCCACGGACGAGGACACAGGUGAGAAUGCCCGCAUCACCUACUUUAUGGAGGACAGCAUCCCUCAGUUCCGCAUUGAUGCAGAUACAGGGGCUGUCACCACCCAGGCUGAGCUGGACUACGAGGAUCAAGUGUCCUAUACCCUGGCCAUCACCGCCCGGGACAAUGGCAUUCCCCAGAAGUCUGACACAACUUACCUGGAGAUACUGGUGAAUGAUGUGAAUGACAAUGCCCCUCAGUUCCUUCGUGACUCCUACCAGGGCAGCGUCUAUGAGGAUGUGCCCCCCUUCACCAGUGUGCUGCAGAUCUCGGCCACUGACCGUGACUCUGGCCUUAAUGGCAGGGUCUUCUACACCUUCCAAGGGGGUGAUGAUGGAGAUGGUGACUUUAUCGUAGAGUCCACAUCAGGCAUCGUGAGAACGCUUCGGAGGCUGGAUCGUGAGAACGUGGCCCAGUACAUUUUGCGGGCAUAUGCAGUGGACAAGGGGAUGCCUCCCGCCCGCACGCCUAUGGAAGUGACGGUCACUGUGUUGGAUGUGAACGACAAUCCACCCGUCUUUGAGCAGGACGAGUUUGAUGUGUUUGUGGAAGAGAACAGCCCCAUCGGGUUGGCCGUGGCCCGGGUCACAGCCACUGACCCUGACGAAGGCACCAAUGCCCAGAUCAUGUACCAGAUAGUGGAGGGCAACAUCCCUGAGGUCUUCCAACUGGACAUCUUCUCUGGGGAGUUGACCGCUCUGGUGGAUUUGGACUAUGAAGACCGGCCUGAAUACAUCCUGGUCAUCCAGGCCACGUCGGCUCCCCUGGUGAGCCGGGCUACUGUCCACGUCCGCCUGCUUGACCGCAACGACAACCCACCAGUGCUGGGCAACUUUGAGAUCCUUUUCAACAACUAUGUCACCAACCGCUCAAGCAGUUUCCCUGGGGGUGCCAUCGGCCGUGUGCCUGCCCAUGACCCUGACAUCUCAGACAGCCUGACUUACAGCUUUGAGCGGGGGAAUGAACUCAGCCUCGUCCUGCUCAAUGCCUCCACAGGCGAACUGAGGCUGAGCCGGGCAUUGGACAACAACCGGCCUCUGGAGGCCAUCAUGAGCGUGCUAGUGUCAGACGGCGUGCACAGUGUUACUGCCCAGUGCGCACUGCGUGUCACCAUCAUCACGGACGAAAUGCUCACGCACAGCAUCACACUGCGCCUGGAGGACAUGUCGCCAGAGCGCUUCCUGUCCCCCCUACUGGGUCUCUUCAUCCAGGCGGUGGCCGCCACGCUGGCCACACCCCCAGACCACGUGGUGGUCUUCAACGUGCAGCGGGACACCGACGCCCCCGGUGGCCACAUCCUCAAUGUGAGCCUGUCGGUGGGCCAGCCGCCUGGGCCGGGGGGCGGGCCGCCCUUCCUGCCCUCCGAGGACCUGCAGGAGCGUCUGUACCUGAACCGCAGUCUGCUCACGGCCAUCUCGGCGCAGCGCGUGCUGCCCUUCGAUGACAACAUCUGCCUGCGCGAGCCCUGCGAGAAUUACAUGCGCUGCGUGUCGGUGCUGCGCUUUGACUCCUCCGCGCCCUUCAUCGCCUCCUCCUCGGUGCUCUUCCGGCCCAUCCAUCCCGUUGGGGGGCUGCGCUGCCGCUGCCCACCCGGCUUCACGGGCGACUACUGUGAGACCGAGGUGGACCUCUGCUACUCGCGGCCCUGCGGCCCCCAUGGGCGCUGCCGCAGCCGAGAGGGCGGCUACACCUGCCUCUGUCGCGACGGCUACACGGGUGAGCACUGCGAGGUGAGUGCCCGCUCAGGCCGUUGCACCCCAGGUGUCUGCAAGAACGGAGGCACCUGCGUGAACCUGCUGGUGGGUGGCUUCAAGUGCGACUGCCCAUCUGGAGACUUCGAGAAGCCCUACUGCCAGGUGACCACGCGCAGCUUCCCCGCCCGCUCCUUCAUCACCUUCCGUGGCCUGCGCCAGCGCUUCCACUUCACCCUGGCCCUCUCGUUUGCCACCAAGGAGCGCGAUGGGCUGCUGUUAUACAACGGACGUUUUAACGAGAAGCAUGACUUUGUGGCCCUCGAGGUGAUCCAGGAGCAGGUCCAGCUCACCUUUUCUGCAGGGGAGUCGACCACCACUGUGUCUCCAUUCGUGCCCGGAGGGGUCAGUGACGGACAGUGGCACACAGUCCAGCUGAAGUACUACAAUAAGCCACUGUUAGGUCAGACAGGGCUCCCGCAGGGUCCAUCUGAACAGAAGGUGGCUGUGGUGACCGUGGAUGGCUGUGACACAGGAGUGGCCCUGCGUUUUGGAGCUGUCCUGGGCAACUACUCCUGUGCUGCCCAGGGUACCCAGGGUGGCAGCAAAAAGUCUCUGGAUCUGACAGGGCCCCUGCUGCUGGGUGGGGUACCUGACCUGCCCGAGAGCUUCCCUGUCCGCACGCGGCACUUUGUGGGCUGCAUGAGGAACCUGCAAGUGGACAGCCGGCACGUAGACAUGGCUGACUUCAUCGCCAACAACGGCACCGUGCCUGGCUGCCCUGCCAAGAAGAACGUGUGUGACAGCAAUAGUUGCAACAAUGGGGGCACCUGUGUGAACCAGUGGGACGCGUUCAGCUGCGAGUGCCCUCUGGGCUUCGGGGGCAAGAGCUGUGCCCAGGAAAUGGCCAACCCGCAGCGCUUCCUGGGCAGCAGCCUGGUGGCCUGGCACGGCCUCUCGCUGCCCAUCUCCCAGCCCUGGCACCUCAGCCUCAUGUUCCGCACACGCCAGGCCAACGGUGUCCUGCUGCAGGCUGUCACCAGGGGGCGCAGCACUAUCACCCUGCAGCUGAGGGAAGGCCAUGUGGUGCUGAGUGUGGAGGGCACAGGGCUCCAGGCCUCGUCUCUCCAGCUGGAGCCAGGCCGGGCCAAUGACGGCGACUGGCACCGUGCACAGCUGGCGCUGGGAGCCAGUGGGGGCCCUGGCCAUGCCAUCCUGUCCCUUGACUACGGGCAGCAGCGGGCAGAGGGCAACCUGGGCCCCCGGCUGCAUGGGCUGCACCUGAGCAACAUUACAGUUGGGGGAGUGCCUGGGCCAGCCGGUGGGGUGGCCCGCGGCUUCCGGGGCUGUCUGCAGGGUGUGAGGGUAAGCGAGACGCCCGAGGGGGUUAGCAGUCUGGAUCCUGGCCGUGGGGAAAGCAUCAAUGUGGAGCCAGGCUGUAGCCUGCCGGACCCCUGUGACUCGAAUCCGUGUCCUGCCAACAGUUAUUGCAGUGAUGACUGGGACAGCUAUUCCUGUAGCUGUGAUCCAGGUUACUAUGGCGACAACUGUACUAACGUGUGUGACCUGAACCCAUGUGAGCAUCAGUCCGUGUGUAUCCGAAAGCCCAGUGCCCCCCACGGCUACACCUGCGAGUGUCCCCCAAAUUACCUUGGGCCAUAUUGUGAAACCAGGAUUGACCAGCCUUGCCCCCGAGGCUGGUGGGGACACCCCACGUGCGGCCCGUGCAACUGUGAUGUCAGCAAAGGCUUCGACCCAGACUGCAACAAGACAAGCGGCGAGUGCCACUGCAAGGAGAACCACUACCGGCCCCCUGGCAGCCCCACUUGCCUCCUCUGUGACUGCUACCCCACGGGCUCUUUGUCCCGCGUCUGUGACCCCGAGGACGGCCAGUGUCCAUGCAAGCCAGGCGUCAUUGGGCGCCAGUGUGACCGCUGUGACAACCCUUUUGCUGAGGUCACCACCAAUGGCUGUGAAGUGAAUUACGACAGCUGCCCACGGGCCAUCGAGGCUGGGAUCUGGUGGCCCCGUACCCGCUUCGGACUGCCUGCUGCUGCUCCCUGCCCCAAAGGCUCCUUUGGGACUGCUGUGCGCCACUGUGAUGAACACAGGGGGUGGCUCCCCCCAAACCUUUUCAACUGCACAUCAGUCACCUUCUCAGAGCUGAAAGGCUUUGCUGAGCGGCUACAGCGGAAUGAAUCAGGUCUGGACUCGGGACGCUCCCAGCGGCUGGCUCUGCUUCUGCGCAAUGCCACACAGCACACGGCUGGCUACUUUGGCAGUGAUGUCAAGGUGGCCUACCAGCUGGCCACACGGCUGCUGGCCCAUGAGAGUGCCCAGCGGGGCUUUGGGCUGUCUGCCACGCAGGAUGUGCACUUCACCGAGAAUCUGCUGCGGGUGGGCAGCGCCCUCCUGGACGCGGCCAACAAGCGUCACUGGGAGCUGAUCCAGCAGACGGAGGGUGGCACGGCCUGGCUGCUUCAGCACUACGAGGCCUAUGCCAGUGCCCUGGCUCAGAACAUGCGGCACACCUACCUGAGCCCCUUCACUAUCGUCACGCCCAACAUCGUCAUCUCUGUAGUUCGCCUGGACAAGGGGAACUUCGCUGGGGCCAAGCUGCCUCGCUAUGAGGCGCUGCGGGGGGAGCGGCCCCCUGACCUGGAGACGACGGUCAUUCUGCCUGAUUCUGUCUUCAGAGAAACGCCCACCGUGGUCAGGCCCGCGGGCCCUGGAGAGACCCAGGAGCCAGAGGAGCUGGCUCGGCGUCAGCGGCGGCACCCAGAGCUGAGCCAGGGUGAGGCUGUGGCCAGCGUCAUCAUCUACCGCACCCUGGCCGGGCUGCUGCCCCAUAACUAUGACCCGGACAAGCGCAGCCUGAGAGUCCCCAAACGCCCUGUCAUCAACACGCCGGUGGUGAGUAUCAGCGUCCAUGACGAUGAGGAACUUCUGCCCCGUGCCCUGGACAAGCCAGUCACGGUGCAGUUCCGGCUGCUGGAGACGGAGGAGCGCACCAAGCCCAUCUGUGUCUUCUGGAACCAUUCCAUCCUAGUCAGUGGCACAGGUGGCUGGUCAGCCCGAGGCUGUGAGGUCGUCUUCCGCAACGAGAGCCACGUCAGCUGCCAGUGCAACCACAUGACGAGCUUCGCCGUGCUCAUGGAUGUGUCCCGGAGAGAGAAUGGAGAGAUCCUGCCGCUGAAGACACUGACAUAUGUGGCCCUAGGGGUCACCUUGGCUGCCCUACUGCUCGCCUUCCUCUUCCUCACUAUCCUGCGUGCCCUACGCUCCAACCAGCAUGGCAUCCGACGGAACCUGACUGCUGCUCUGGGCCUGGCCCAGCUGGUCUUCCUCCUAGGAAUCAACCAGGCUGACCUCCCUUUUGCUUGCACAGUCAUCGCCAUCCUGCUGCAUUUCCUGUACCUCUGCACCUUCUCCUGGGCCUUGCUGGAGGCCUUGCACCUGUACCGGGCACUCACUGAGGUGCGCGACGUCAACGCUGGCCCCAUGCGCUUCUACUAUAUGCUGGGCUGGGGUGUGCCUGCCUUCAUCACAGGUCUAGCCGUGGGCCUCGACCCUGAGGGCUAUGGGAACCCUGACUUCUGCUGGCUCUCCAUCUAUGAUACGCUCAUCUGGAGUUUUGCUGGCCCUGUGGCCUUUGCUGUCUCGAUGAGUGUCUUCCUGUACAUCCUGGCAGCCCGCGCCUCCUGUGCUGCCCAGCGGCAGGGCUUUGAGAAGAAAGGCCCUGUCUCAGGCCUGCGGCCUUCCUUCGCUGUUCUCCUGCUGCUGAGCGCCACGUGGCUGCUGGCGUUGCUCUCUGUCAACAGUGACACCCUCCUCUUCCACUACCUCUUUGCUGCCUGCAAUUGCAUCCAGGGCCCCUUCAUCUUCCUCUCCUACGUGGUGCUUAGCAAGGAGGUCCGGAAAGCACUCAAGUUUGCCUGCAGCCGCAAGCCGAGCCCUGACCCUGCGCUGACCACCAAGUCCACCCUGACCUCGUCCUACAACUGCCCCAGCCCCUAUGCAGAUGGGCGGCUCUACCAGCCGUACGGAGACUCAGCAGGCUCUCUACACAGUGCCAGCCGCUCGGGCAAGAGUCAACCCAGCUACAUCCCCUUCUUGCUGAGGGAAGAGUCCACACUGAACCCUGGCCAAGGGCCCCCUGGCCUUGGGGACCCAGGUAGCCUAUUCCUGGAAGGUCAAGACCAGCAGCAUGAUCCUGACACAGACUCUGACAGUGACCUGUCCCUGGAAGAUGAUCAGAGUGGCUCUUAUGCCUCUACUCACUCAUCAGACAGUGAGGAGGAGGAAGAGGAGGAGGAGGAGGAGGCCGCCUUCCCUGGAGAGCCAGGCUGGGACAGCCUGCUGGGGCCUGGCGCUGAGAGACUGCCCUUGCACAGUACCCCCAAGGAUGGGGGCCCAGGGUCCGGGAAGGCUCCCUGGCCAGGAGACUUUGGGACCACAGCAAAGGAGAGUAGUGGCAAUGGGGCCUCUGAGGAGCAUCCUUGGGAGAAUGGAGAUGCCCUGCCUCGGGAGGGGUCCCUGGGCCCCCUUCCAGGCCCUUCUGCCCAACCUCACAAAGGCAUCCUCAAGAAGAAGUAUCUGCCCACCAUCAGUGAGAAGAGCAGCCUCCUACGGCUGCCCCUGGAGCAGGGCACAGGGUCUUCUCGGGGCUCCUCAGCCAGCGAAGGCAGCCGGGGCGGGCCCCCUCCCCGCCCUCCACCCCGGCAGAGUCUCCAGGAGCAGCUGAACGGGGUCAUGCCCAUCGCCAUGAGUAUCAAGGCGGGCACAGUGGAUGAGGACUCGUCGGGCUCCGAAUUUCUCUUCUUUAACUUCCUGCAUUAA